GCUCCGACUAACCGGCUCCCGCGGAAAUUAAAAAAUAUAAUUCUUUUUUAUUGUAUCUCGGAUUUAAAAAAGAAAGUAAAUUAAAAAAGUUAUUCUGUACUUUAUUAGAUUUGAAAUAAGAAAAGAAAAAAUAUUUUGAAAUUAAAAAUAAUAUUGUUUUAAAUUGGUUUUGGAAUUUAUAAUUGUUUGAGUGAAUAUUUUUUCAAAAUUAGAACCAAUUGAAAAUAAAAACUCUAAAGAAAAUGUAACAACUUCCGAAAAAAAUCAAAAUGAAGUUAAUCCUCGUAACGAUCCAAGUUUUACUUCUCCAAAACUGCUUCUCUCAAGACCUGAACAGCUUAUUCGAGAAGAUAAACAAUGACGUCAUAAAACAGAACAGAAUCGCUGCUAAUUUAGCUUGGGAGUCUUCUGUCAACCCUGACAACCCAGAAUUACCGGACAAGGCUGCCAACUACCAGAGAAACAGAAUAAAAUGGCAAGACAAUAUUUGCGCUAAGUUGGUAGCAUUGAAUAAUGAUCAGAUGCUGAAUGACACUCAGAAAAGGCAGACGUAUUUGCUGUGCAGAGGACCAAAGUUCACUUUUGAUGAAGCUAGGAUAAUGAGCUAUCUAUACGAACAACUUCAGUCACUGUAUACCGAAGCAGAAAUUUGUAUCGAAACCUCUGAAGUACCUUCAAAGUCUGACUUAUCUGCCGUUGAAGAAUCCAUCUUGUCUUAUUUGACAGCUGUGAGAGAUAAAAAACUUUUUGGUGACAAUGCAAUGAACGCGGCAAAAUUUGCCAUUUUAUCGGAAUGGGAGAAAAAAGAAGCUAAGGAAAACGAACUAUGUCUGAGUGGAGAAGAAGACAUGGAGAGGAUGAUGAAGUUCUCAAGGAAUGAAGAGGUGUUGCGUUGGCUGUGGAUGGUUUGGAGGGAGAAAGUCGGGCCGCCAAUGAGAGGCCCGUUUAAGAAGUUGGUUGAUGUUCAAAAUAGCGCCGCUAGACGAAAUGGGUACUCAGACAUCGGUGCCGUCUGGCGUGACGACACAGAGAUUCCCCACCUCAGAUAUAUCUGCAGACAACUGUACCAGGAAGUCAAACCUCUGUACACUAUGCUGCACGGCGUGGUGAGGUUCUACCUUCGUAGGCAGUACGGGGAGGUCGUACCGAAGCAUGGUCCUAUUCCAGCUCAUUUGCUUGGAAACCUAUGGUCCCAAAACUGGGAAUCUUUAUCAGACCUGAUACUCCCCCAAACGAUAGAUUUGGAUAAGAGCAUUAAAAGCCUCAAUUGGUCAGUGGAACAUAUGUUAAAACGCGCGGAGGAUUUCUACCAGUCGCUGGGUUUGCCGCCAAUGACAGAUACGUUUUGGCGGGAAUCCGUGUUUGCGCGCGAAAAUGGACGAACGCGUUGUCAUGGUACCGCGGCGGACAUGUUCCAAGAUGGCGAUUAUAGGCUGUUGUAUUGUUCAGGGGCUUCAGCGGAGGAUUUCUACGUAAUACACCAUGAGAUGGGACACAUACAAUACUAUAUGGCUUACGAACACCAACCUGGCAUAUUCCGGCAAGCUAACCCAGCUCUCCACGAGACCAUAGGCGACACAAUAAUGUUCGCAGUGAUGGCGCCCCAACACCUUCACAGGCUCGGUCUUAUCAAUGAUUCGAUACUCUACACCCAACCUGAUGACGAUGGGAAUGAUCACGUAGACUAUCCUGACGACGCGAUUGAAUUUGGACACGACGAACCGGUUCAUCGAAGCGAUUCCGAUAAGAUAACACCAAACGAAGUUCUCCUCUUCAAAUUAGCCUUGAAUAAGAUACCUCAAAUCCCAUUCUCUCUUCUGAUUGACGAAUACAGAUGGAAUUACUUCCAAGGUCGUUUGGGCGAUGAUAUCAAUGGAGAAUUCUGGAGAAUGGCACUGGAGCUUCAAGGGAUAGCGCCUCCAGGUGUUAGGGAUGAGGAGUACUUCGAUAUCGGGGCGAAGUUCCAUGUUCCUGAUAAUACACCCUACAUCAGGUACUUCCUAAGCAGCUUCCUCCAGCAUCAGCUGUUCGAGAAGCUCUGCAAGGCAGCGGUGUACGGGCGCCAUGACGUCACAGAUGACCUACCCACCACCAUGGUCCUCAAUAGAUGUGAUAUCUACGGGUCCAAGGCUGCUGGGAAACUGCUCAAAGACUUGAUGUCACGUGGGCAUUCUCAGCAUUGGCGCGAGAUCCUGUCAUCUACCAUCAAAGAAGACGUCAUAUCUGGAUCAGCACUAAAACGAUACUACCGCCCUCUAUACAAACUCUUGAAACGAAUCAUUCGCGCGAACCGCAUCCCAAUUGGCUGGUGAACGGACCAAUGAGAACAAAGGAAUUUCUUUUAAAACUUACAUAGCUUUUGAUUUGAAGAAAAGAGGUUAGGCAGAUUCCAAAGAGAUUUUAUUUUUCUGUAGCAAUAGUUUUAAUAUGGAAAAGGAGUUUAUUAUAUUUUUAAAUAG